CCUCCUGGGGAGCCGGGCGGGGCGAAACGGCUCGGCGGCUGUGGCGAGGGCGGGCCUUGCGGGCACCAUGCCGUCGGCCUUCUCAGUCAGCGCCUUCCCCGUCAGCAUCCCCGCGGUGAUCACGCAGACAGACUGGAGUGAGCCCUGGCUGGUGGGGCUGGCUGUCUUCCACGUGCUGUGCCUGCUUCUCACUUGCUUCUCAUCCCAGAGGUACCGACUACAGAUUGGCCAUUUCCUGUGUCUCGUGGUCCUGGUCUAUUGUGCUGAGUACAUCAAUGAAGUGGCCGCAAUGAACUGGAGGUUGUUUUCAAAAUACCAGUAUUUUGACUCCAGGGGGAUGUUCAUUUCUGUCGUGUUCUCAGCACCGCUGCUGCUCAACGCCAUGAUCAUUGUGAUUUUGUGGGUACGCAAGACUUUGAACGUGAUGACUGACCUGAAGAACUUGCAAGAGAAAAGAAAAGAGAAGCAGCGGAGGAAGGAGGAGUGAGGUGGAAGUGGGUGGAGCCUAAAUGCUGCUGAACUCCUGCAAGGAUAGACUGUGGCCUCCCAGAGGACUGUACAGAGUGCUGGCCCCCCGUCUUCUCAGCCUGAGGCCUUUGAAGCAGGUCUGGCAAAGAUGGAACAUAUCUAACGUACCAACCAGUCCCCUGAGCCCAGGCCCUCUGAAACCACCAGCUGGGCAYAUCAUGUAAUGACCAGUCCCCUGAGCCCAGGCCCUCUGAAACCACCAGCUGGGCACAUCAUGUAAUGACCAGUCCCCUGAGCCCAGGCCCUCUGAAACCACCAGCUGGGCACAUCUCAGUGCAGCGGCUGGAUCCCAUGAGGUUAGGCUUUCUGAAAUCAACAUGGGGCCACCUCACUGAAAAUACUUUUGCUCAAGAUUCUCAUGUGAAGGGAAGCGUGAAGUCGGGACUACAUGGAAAAGAAUAUGUUAAAUGAACCCUUUAUUUUGUUCUGAGUGCAGAAUUACAGAUAGAGGAACAUUCACUGGAAGUCUAGUGGGCUCCACCCAACCUGGACGGGGCAGGUCCCUUGUUCCCUCCCUGAGUCUUAUCCUGCUUGAGCACCUUCAGGCUGCCUGUCUGGGGUAUGGUGCUGUGAAACACUUUUCAAAUUUCAGAAAGAAAAAAACUGUCCAAAUUUAGAAGGUUAAAAAUUGACAGUUUGUCAGAUUGAAAAAUUGUCUAGAAAUCCAGAUAUGUGAGUUUUAAGUUUUUACAUGGUGUUAAGCUCUUAGUGAAGAAGCUAGACUGAGUCAACAGGAGGUAGAUGUGAGCAGAUAGAAUCCUCAGCUAGGCCCCUGGAGCUCUUUGCCUGUAGCUCUUCCCAGUCCCUCUGGGAUUGUUCAGCUUGUAGAGUGAACACAGAGGUGUCUGAGAAACCUGAUCUUAAGCAAGUCCAAUCUCAAGUCGACAUCACCUGUGAGGUUGUGUGGCACGUCUGACGGUACACAUCCCAGUUACUGCAGGGUGUUUAGUGACACGGGCUUCACUCAAGUUCCCACCCCACAAGGAGGUUUCAUGGAAAAUGAAGUGUGGGCUGCUAUAUUUGACUGCAGGAGCUCAGGGCAGGCAUGUGUGGCUCUCCAGGGCCAGCCAUGGGAAGCAGGUCAGGAAAUUGCUGGAGAGGACAUGUCUGAGGACGGUGUCUGAGCUCAUGCCCAGCUGAAAUGCACCAGCAAGGUGGUAGACCCUGUCUGUCUGUUGGUCCAUGUGCAUCUGGGCCUGCCCAACUGAGUCCAGCCUCCCUGGAUAAAGGUGUGUGAUAGUACUGUUAGCUCUGUAUCUUGGUGCAGCCCACAUGUGACCCUGAUGUGGGCUCCGGGUUUCACAAAAAUGAACUUUUUAGUGAGGCUCCUGUUUUAGUGGCUGGAAAUUGCAUUGCUAGCAACUAUCUUCAUAUCUUUUCUUCUUGUUAGAGAAAAUUCUGCAAGCCAAAAUCAUCAACACUGAGUAAUUCAUAAAACUUGUGUGGGCAUAUGCAGGGUUCCAGUGGGGGUUGUGGUGCGGGACAGGCACUUGCCCAUAUGCCUGAAGUGCUGGGCUCCAGUUUUAAAACAAGGUGUGGGGUGUGAGCCCCACUCAUCCAUGCUGUGAGAAUGGAAGGCUCAGGGGCCCCUGCUCCUCCGCUUAAGUUAGGAAGUGCUUUUACCAUGUGUUUAUGAACAAAGCAGAAAAAAGAACAUUCUGCAUACUCCAAGCCUGUGACA